AUGAAAGCAAAAAAAAUUGCAGUGAUUGGCGCCGGGGUCAGCGGAUUAGGGGCCAUUAAGAGCUGCCUGGAGGAGGGACUGGAGCCCACAUGUUUUGAAAAAGGCAGCGACAUUGGAGGACUGUGGAGAUACGAGGAGACCCCCGACACUGGACGAGCUGGGAUAUACAAAUCCUUGACCUGCAACACCUCCAAGGAGAUGACAGCCUUCAGCGACUACCCCGUCCCUGACCAUUUUCCCAACUACAUGCACAAUUCCAAAAUGAUGGAGUACCUCAGGAUGUACGCCAGGCACUUUGGUCUCAUGCAACACAUCGAGUUCCUGGCGAAGGUGUGCAGUGUGAGGAAGCGCCCCGAUUUUUCAUCCUCUGGCCAGUGGGAUGUUGUGGUAGAAGCUGAUGGGAAGCAGCAAUCCUACAUCUUCGACGGGGUCAUGAUCUGCAGCGGCCAUUACACUGAGAAGCAUUUGCCCUUACAGGAGUUUGCAGGCAUCCAGAAGUUCCGGGGCAGGUACCUGCACAGCUGGGAGUACAAGCAGCCAGACACUUUUGCCGGGAAGAGAGUGGUUGUGAUUGGCAUCGGGAACUCUGGAGCAGAUGUGGCUGGCGAGAUCAGUCGUGUUGCUGAGCAGGUUUUCCUCAGCACGAGACGAGGCGCGUGGAUUUGGAACCGGGUGUGGGAUGACGGCAACCCCAUGGACACCGCCCUCUUCACCCGGUACAAUAGGGCACUCCAAAAACUACUGCCCUCGUUCCUCAUCAACAGGUGGGCAGAGAAGAAACUGAACGCAAGGUUCAACCACGCCAACUACGGGCUGCAGGCUGCACACAGAAUUUUUUCAUAUCAAACAGUUGUCAGUGACGACCUGCCAAAUCACAUAGUCACUGGAAGAGUGCGGAUGAAACCAAACGUGAAGGAGUUCACCGAGACGUCCGCCAUCUUUGAGGAUGGCACUGAAGAGAAGGUUGACACUGUCCUCUUUGCCACAGGAUACACCUUCUCUUUCCCUUUCUUGGAGGAUGACUUAGCAAUCCUGGACAGCCAGCAUUCCAUGUAUAAGUUUGUCUUCCCUCCUCAGCUGGAGAAGCCAACACUGGCUUUCAUUGGCCUCCUGCAGCCCGUGGGGGCCCUCAUCCCCACAACAGAACUCCAGAGCCGAUGGGCUGUGCGGGUGUUCCAAGGACUGAAAAAAUUGCCCUCAGAGACUGACAUGCUGGCUGAGAUCAACAGAAGGAAAACGAGAAUGGCCAAAGAGUAA